AUGGUCUUCACGGGACUCAUCAUCGAUGCGCGCCUCGAUGUAAACAUCUUGAGGCGGACAACAGCAGAGCUGGUCAAGGCGUGGCCCGUGCUGGGUGGGAAGCUAUACCGGAAGGAUCGACCCUGGGCAUUGUCCACGGGCUCCAUCGUCGAUUUCGAGAGUCGAGAGGGCCAUCAAGACCUGGCCUACUGGACCCAACGAGGGAUCCCACCGAGCGCACCCCGACCGACCAUCAUGGAUAAACUCAGCCCGCAGGAACUGGACGACACUUUCAUGUUCAACGUGCCUGCGAAGACCACGAAUGUCUUCCUCGUCCGGGCGACGAUGCUCCGCGAUGCGACCAUGCUUUGCUUCGGCCUGAGCCAUCACCUGGCCGACGGCACGGCCUCGUACGACGUGAUCCGGGCCUACUGUGAUCUGCUGGCCGGUCGUCCGAUUGCGGCCCUGUUGCUGCCCCCCGACUCCCAAGGGAAGAGACUAUCGGAUCGGGUGACGCCCGCCAAAACAUCCGACCCAUCCGUGCGUCGCAUUGGCUACGCCGAGCAUCUGGCCAACUUCACGAUCGGGCUCUGGCCCGUCCUGCUGCUCCUGGUCAGCGUGGCGUGGAAUCUGCUGCUGCGACGCCUGGGUCUGCAGGAGGAUCUCGAGGAACGAUAUGUGUACCUGCCAGCGGAGUGGGUGGGUGCGGUGCGCAAACGAGCGUUGGAGACGCUGUCGAUGUUGCCGGCCGAUCCGCAGCCUCGAUGGGACUCCCAGCCGACCAAGAACAACAUCAUCAACGCCUGGUUCCUGAAAACGAUCUACAGCACCGUCGCACGGAGCAAUGCGCCGGUGGACUUCUAUGGCCCGCUCAGCUAUCGGCCGGUGGUGGCGCCGCCGCCGCCGGGCCACUACUGGAUUCACAACAGCAUCGGGCUGUUGCGCGAGAAGCUGACGGUGGCCCAGAUCCAGCAGGAGUCGGUCGCUACGCUGGCGGGCCGGCUGCGGCUGGCCACAUUGCGAUACACCACGCCGUCCUCGAUUCAGGCGUAUCUCCGGGUGUGCGAAGACCAUGCGGGCCGACGCGUGCUGCCCAACAUCCAGGGGCGGGGGACCACGCCGAUGGUGAUGGUGACGCCGUGGACCGGGUUUGAUUUCUCCGCCUUGGACUUUUCCGCUGCCUCCAGUGCACCCAGUCGACCGGCCCAGGUGGUCUUUGUCAAUGCGCUGGUGCGGGAGAUGCGCGAGGGGGUGUGGCCCUCGGCCUUUACCCUGAAGAGCGUGCAGGGCGGGGGGUACUGGCUGCGGGGGUGGAACACGCCGUCGGGGUGGCGGAACCUGGACCGCUUGGGGGAUAUCGAUGUUCUCUAG